GAUUGGGAGGGUGGCGGGUGGGCGAGAGCCCCCCCGUGCCCCCGGGUGCUGGGCGUGCUGGGCGUGCAGGCCACGUGGGCUCGCGGGUGGGAGGAGCGCUGGCCUCCCCAGCCCCCAGCGCAGGGCCGGAGCCGCACAGUGCUCUGCUCCUACCAGCGGGACACGGGCGCUUCCCUUGCCGGAGAUUUGUUUAUUGUCCCAAUUGUGUUUAUUUAUUAAUGAGAAGCACAGAGAGGUAGAGAGAGAGAGAGGCAGAGACACAGGCAAGAAGGAGGAGCGGGCUCCACGCAGGGGGCCGGACGUGGGACUCGAUCCCGGCACCCCGGGGUGACGCCCUGGGCUGAAGGCGGCGCUACACCGCGGAGACCCCCCGGGCUGCCCUGUCAGAGGUUUAAAAGCGGGAGUUAGAAUCGGUGACAGAGGUGCAUGAAACGUGACUUGAAAGCUUAGCCUCCCGUGCGGAGGAUUUAAGUGUCAACAGGCUGCUUGCGUGCAGACGCAUUUUGUUGGGUUCCCGCCCCCUGGUCUCCAUGCAUUUACGCUUGUGUGUCCGCGUGUUACGACUCGAGCGAGGUACUGCGGGGGAGCGCUGGGAAGGUGCUGGUGUGGACGGCGACAUUCUAGCUGUGACUUUCACUUUUGUUGCAAAUUGUUAACGCGCUGGAAACUGUUUCGGAGAAAGGCUGAAACCCUGGGGUGAGGUUAAAGGCUGUGCCUCCUGGGGCUUUUCCCCUGGCCUCCGGGCUCCUCACAGAAACACUGUAGAGAAAAUAGGAUGGAGGAGAGAGGCCUUAUAUUAUGUUGAAAUACAGUCACCAAAAUAUUGAAGCAAAUCUAUGCCCAGGAUGCUCAGGCGCCCUCUGUUAGGUCACUUACGGCAGGUGAAGUCCCGGCUUCAGCGAUUCCUUGUGGAGCAGUGACCAGCAAAACUGAUAGUUGGAGGUGUCUGUGGCAGCUCUAGUGCUUUGUGAAAAUCUCUGUGGUCUGUGUUGGGGACAAAGUCACAGGCACUGCUGAAACUCCCAGGAUUUCACGUCUUUUGUGAUUGAACGGGUGCUGAAUUUCAGCCAGAGGUUAUUGCAGACAAAGACGUGAUGUGUUUUCUCAUCCAGGUGCGCGAAGCCCGCGCGAAGCCCAAGGCCGCAGAACCUGCUCCUCUCCAUCUGCUCCGUUGUGGGACAUGCGGCUCUGCUCUGCCCGUGGCUCAGACACCAUUUGCUUUUGACUCAAGAUGAUUUGAUGUUUUGUUAUAAAACUCAUUAACCAUGAUGGCAACACAGACAUUAAGCAUAGACAGCUAUCAAGAUGGGCAACAAAUGCAAGUAGUAACAGAGUUAAAAACGGAGCAAGAUCCCAACUGCUCUGAACCUGAUGUGGAAGGAGUGAGCCCUCCACCCGUGGGGUCCCAGACGCCAAUGGAGGCAGACAAGCAGGCCAUUUAUAGGCAUCCACUAUUUCCAUUAUUAGCUUUGUUGUUUGAAAAAUGUGAACAAUCUACACAGGGCUCAGAAGGCACAACUUCUGCCAGUUUUGACGUAGAUAUUGAAAAUUUUGUAAGGAAGCAAGAGAAGGAAGGAAAACCUUUCUUCUGUGAAGAUCCGGAAACUGACAAUUUAAUGGUCAAAGCGAUCCAGGUUUUGCGUAUUCAUCUUCUUGAGCUGGAAAAGGUUAAUGAACUGUGCAAAGAUUUCUGCAGUCGCUACAUUGCUUGUCUAAAAACGAAAAUGAACAGUGAGACUCUCCUGAGCGGAGAACCUGGAAGCCCGUACUCCCCUGUCCAGUCCCAGCAGAUUCAGAGUGCCAUCUCAGGCACGCUCAGCCCCCAGGGGAUCGUGGUUCCAGCAUCUGCCCUGCAGCAGGGGAACGUAACCAUGGCAACAGUAGCAGGUGGCACAGUGUAUCAACCUGUCACAGUUGUCACUCCUCAAGGCCAGGUAGUGACACAAGCGCUGUCGCCUGGCACGAUCAGGAUCCAGAACUCCCAGCUUCAGUUACAGUUAAACCAAGAUCUAAGCAUCUUGCAUCAAGAUGAUGGCUCAUCUAAGAAUAAAAGGGGUGUUUUGCCGAAGCACGCUACCAACGUGAUGAGAUCUUGGCUCUUCCAGCACAUAGGGCAUCCCUACCCGACAGAAGAUGAGAAAAAACAGAUUGCUGCUCAGACAAAUUUGACACUGCUCCAAGUUAACAACUGGUUCAUCAACGCCAGGAGACGGAUUCUUCAGCCUAUGUUGGAUUCUAGCUGUUCCGAGACUCCGAAGACGAAGAAGAAAACUGCUCAGAACAGACCAGUCCAGAGGUUUUGGCCUGACUCCAUCGCCUCGGGAGCCGCGCAGCCACCGCCCAGCGAGCUGGCCAUGUCGGAAGGAGCCGUCGUGACGAUCACCACGCCCGUGAGCAUGAACGUGGACAGCCUCCAGUCUCUGUCCUCGGAUGGUGCCACCCUGGCAGUGCAGCAGGUCAUGAUGGCGGAACAGAGCGAGGACGAGUCCGUGGACAGCACGGGGGACAGUGCGGCCACGCUCGCCCCCACCCACCUCAGCAGGCUGGUCCUGGAGAACAGCGACUCCCUGCAGUAGGGGGCCGGCGCGGCCCAGAACCACGGGUGGGCUGGCCUGACUUUUUAUAGUUUGCACAGCAAACAUUUUACACAGUUUUAUUUCUAAUAUGUUUUAUAUGUAGAUAGAGAAGAGUGCACUUUUGUAUUUCAUAGUAAGCUUUGAGAGCAUCUUUGCUGGUGCAGCGACUUCUUUCAAGUGUGUGUGUGCGUGUGUGUGCGCGCGUGCGUGCGUGUGUGGGUUUUUAAGGAAAUUCUUUAAAGGUUUAACGCUAAAAACGUGAUGAAUGACAAACACCCCCAUGAGCCCCUACUUAGACUAAGGAAUAGUGCUGCCAUUUUCUGAAAAAUUAUGCAGUUUUAAUUUAGUUCUGUGGUUGAAGCAGGUCUCGGUGGGCUGAUUUAUUUGUGUGGCCCAUGGAUUUGAAAGAAGCUUCUGCAUCUUAAAGCUGCCAGUGCGAGGCGGACACCGCACAACAACAAAAGUGGGCGUGACUCCAUGGUGGUCGCGCGGCGGUCUGAAUACGCUUAGGUUCUCGCACAUUCGGUGAGCCUGUUUCAUUUGCUAUAGAUAAAAAGAAAUUCCUAUUUUUACCUUGCUGGAAUUAUUGGAUAAAAAGCUAUUUUUAUAAAUUCGUUAUGAAUUGGAUUAUGACUAUAUUGAGGAUAAAAUUUCUAGAGAAGAAACAAUACGUGGUUACUCUUUCAAUUUGGAAUGUUCUGAACUGACCAAAUUUCAUGAACCUCCCCAAAGUUAGCUAGCAUUCCAUGGUUCUCUGUCAUCCCAGGGUAGUGGUUUAUAUUUACUACUAUGAAAGACACACCUGUUGAAUGAAAUUUUGAUACCUGCAAAUUUUAGUUUAUAUGUAAAUGCUUACACUUGAUCUGAACAUAGAUCUAAAGGUAUUGCUAAAUAGGACUAGGUGAGUCAGGUGAAGUGGUGGCCAGUAAUCGAUUAACAGCUCUUACCACCCGUAUUUCUGAUUUAAAUCUGACUACAGUUAAAUGGUUACCCUGCCACUUAGCUGUGUGUUGUUUUAGGAUGUUUUAGUCGCCAUAUGUUAUGCAUAGAAUGUUUAUUAUAAACUAAUAUAAAAUGUCCUCUACCCCACUGGCUCAGAGUGAGGGCCAAUAACCCACGCUCAGCUCCGUUCAGCCCUGUUACGUAAUUGACAUCUCCCCAGAGUGACACGGUGCCCCAGACAGGGGUGACGGCACGACGGCAGACUCGCCUGCCUUUGGUCCUGGUGUCUGUAUUUUCUCCUUGUCCGUUGUUGCUUUGGAAUUUUGGAAUUUCCAGAGCUCCCCCCCCCCCCCGACUUGAUCACAGGAGAUUUGGAAUGAUUUUAGGACUUCCAUUUCCUGGCCACAAGACGAACCGAAAGAGUAGACUGGGUUUUAUUGACUUCGUUUUCAUGUAUUUGCAAGGGGGGCUCUUUCUCAGAGCGAAACAAGCCACCUUGUCUCAUAGUAAAGUCUUUAUAUGGUCUUA